AUGCAGCAACUCGGUUCAUACCAAGCAGUCGAUGGUGUCGCCAGAGAUACAAGCAAGGACAGGUUGCUUUUACGAAGAUGCAGGGACAAGCUUACAGCACAUAUUGAGAGGAGGACCGGUAUCAAAUUAGAACCUGGCAAUGUACGCUUGGUGAUGAAGCAGAGCGAUGCCUACACUUGGACCUAUACGAAAGAAGUAGCACAUCUGUUUUCCAGGGAACUUGAAGACCACGAACCUGAAGCAUACCAGAAGCUUUGCAGAGAAGUCGGGAGAAGCUUUCACGCCAUCACAUUCAGCAAAGGUGAUUUCGCUGGUGGCCACCUGCGUUCGGGAAGCCCACCGCCAUACGGCAUACCAACAUUCGAUGCGGAUGUAACGGAACGGGUAUUGUUUAUAUUGCGCAGUAGUGCUGGGUGA